AUGGCGAACAGGUGGUGGGACGAGGGGCGGUUCGGCCUGCCGGAGCCAUCCCUUGGCAAGAACAAAGAAGAAAUGGCACCUUCCUCCAAGGACGGCGGUGCCACCGAGCAGCCGACGAGCGGCGGGAGUGGCGACGACCGGGAGAACGGCACGGGCGAGCCCAUGGAAGGCGCGGUGGUGACGGGCAACCGGCGGCCCCGCGGGCGGCCGCCGGGUUCCAAGAACAAGCCGAAGCCUCCCAUCUUCGUGACACGUGACAGCCCCAACGCGCUGCGCAGCCACGUGAUGGAGGUGGCCGGCGGGGCCGACGUGGCCGAGUCCAUCGCCCACUUCGCGCGCCGCAGGCAGCGCGGCGUGUGCGUGCUCAGCGGCGCGGGCACCGUCACCGACGUCGCACUCCGCCAGCCCGCGGCCCCGGGCGCCGUGGUCGCGCUCCGCGGCCGCUUCGAGAUCCUCUCGCUCACGGGCACGUUCCUGCCGGGCCCCGCGCCGCCGGGAUCCACGGGGCUCACCGUGUACCUCGCGGGCGGGCAGGGGCAGGUCGUCGGCGGCAGCGUGGCCGGCACGCUCACCGCGGCGGGGCCCGUCAUGGUUAUGGCGUCCACGUUCGCCAACGCCACCUACGAGAGGCUGCCGCUGGACGACGCCGAGGAGGAGCCCGGGCACGCGCCGCCGCAGCUGCCUCCCGGCGGCCCGGGCGGAGGGCCGCCUCUGAUAAUGGGCGGGAUGGCCGCCGAUCCCUCGGCGAUGCCAAUGUUCGGUGGUGGCGCCGGCGGCGUGCCGCCAAGCCUCAUGCCAGGGGGCGGCGCCGCCUCCUCCGGUGCGGGCCUGCAGCUCGGGCACGAGGGGCUUGCAUGGGCUCAUGCACGGCCACCGCCAUACUAG